AUAAAGUGAGCCAUAUUUAGAUAAUGAACUCUUAUUACACCAAGAGCAUAACCAAUUUGGCAAGAAGAGGUGGUGCUUCAGCUUUGAAGGGUUGCAAGAAAGAAUUGCGUCCCCAAUUCAGAGAAUACGGGACCAGAUCAGACUUAGAUUCUCCCUUUGAUCAUUUACCUAAGCGUAAUAAGUCCUGGUUCAAUUGGAAAGUCUCUUCAGUUUUUUUAGCCUUUGGUGCUUUUAUGGCAUACAAUGAAACGCUUUUUGAUUAUUAUGAAAAAUUCACUGAUUCCGGAAUUCUGGAUGAGUUAUUGCCAGUGAAAUUGGAAUAUGAAAUGAAAAAUUUACCUAUAUAUCAAAAGUUGGCAUUUUCGAAAAGUGGAGAUAAAUGGGUUAAACUAAAUUCAUGGGAAAAUCUUGACAGAAACGUUUUAGAUAGCACGAACGAAGCUCUUAAAACCAAGACCCAAGAAGAAUAUAAAGCACCUUCAUUACAUACUCAUACUUUGGCCAAACCCGGGGGGAUCUUGGUAAAGCCAGCUAUUUUCCAUAACAUAGAAACCGAUGAAGGGGUCUCCAUAAUCCACGUUGGCCAUAGAUUAUGUGGUUAUCCAUUCAUUGUUCAUGGGGGGAUCAUUGCCACAAUUUUGAAUGAAACUUUUAAAAGAAAUGCUUCUUUGUCGAGCAAAAUGAGUUCCAACUUAAAAGAUGAUUACAAAGUUGAAAACCUCACAAUCUCCUAUAAAUUCCCUUCUUUCGCUAAUCAGUUUUUAAUUGUGAAGACUAGAAGAAAAGAAGGUGCUAACGAUGAUGAUAAAUUCAUCACUUUGGAAAGUGUAGUUGAAUCGCAAAAGGGUCAAGUCCUUGUUAAAAGUGAAGCUUUACUUCAUGAUACCGGAAGAGCUACCAAAAGGGCUAAGAAAUCCAGUUGGUUACCAUUUUGAUCUCCGGAAUUUUAUAAAAAAUUGGAAAAAUAGUAAGCUUUGCUCAACAAACGUUAUAUAAAUAAUGUAGAGAUGAAUAUAAUGAUCUGUUAUUACCGA